GGCAACAUGGUGGAGCGUGUUUCAGUGACGCAGCUGGGAAUGUUUUCCCGCUGGUACCUGUAUACCCUACACGGGUACAUAUGUGAGGUGCUGUUCACAGCGGCCUGGAAUUUCAGCCAGCAGGGCAGCUGGAAGCUGCAGGGCAGCACCAGUGUCUGGGCGCUCUUCAUCUACGGCACAUGCAUCCUCAUCCUGGAGGGGAUGUACCUUCGGCUGCGCAAUCGCUGCCCCCUACUGGGCCGCUGCCUCAUCUACACCGCCUGGAUCUUCGUGUGGGAGUUCAGCACAGGGAUGGUCCUGAGCACAUUCAAUGCCUGCCCCUGGGACUACUCUGAAUUCAGGGGCAGCUACAAGGGUCUGAUCACUCUGGAGUACGCAGCCCCCUGGUUCUUUGCCUCCCUCAUCGCAGAGCUUGUGAUAAAAAACACCCUGCGUCUGAGAAUGGACCAUCCAAGCAGCAGCAGCGCCACGAAGAACACAUGAGCUGCACUUCAGACUGGAAAACAAGCAUGCUGCAGGUCAAACGUAGGGUUCAGGAAUAAAGA